AUGUCCCAACCCAUGACCCCGCCUCCACCUCCUCCGCAAUGGGUCAUCGACCUCAAUAACCCUCCUAUCUCGAAGCCAAAGACCACAACUAUUCCGGAUCCACCCGGAUUUACAGGGGCUCCUACCAGCGGAUCAAAAAAGCAACAAGCUGCCGCAGGCAACAAUGCACGCAAACCACCUACGACAGAAGAAACAGACACGCUUAAGCUGAAGAAGGCAUGGGAGGUCGCGUUGGCACCUGUGAAGCAGAUUCCCAUGACCGGCUUUAUGAUGUAUAUGUCGGGCAAUGGGCUUCAGAUAUUCUCGAUUAUGAUGGUUGUGAUGGCAUUCAAGAACCCCUUGAUGGGACUACUGGCGACAAACUCGGCGUUCCAACGAUUCGAGAGCGAGGGAACAGCGCAGAAGUUGAUGUUGGUGAAGGCCGCAUAUGUGGCAAUGCAGAUUGCGUCGUUUGGCCUGGGAAUCUGGAAAGUAAAUCAGAUGGGGUUGUUACCGACGACGAGAUCAGAUUGGCUGGCAUGGGAGAGCGCGAGGGAACCAUUGGAAUACGCCAUACCCGCGUUUUAA